CUCCCUUUGCGCUUUUCCGCGUUGCUUUCCCCACUGCGGCAGUGACGGCUGCGAUAUUGAUCUCCUCCCCCUUCUCCAAUCUCCAUCCACCACCAAAUCACUGUUCCGUUAUCUCUCUCUCUCUAGAUUCUCUUUUCCCCCACAUCUUCCACCCAACAUUUGGUAUUAGAUUUCCCCCUGUUAUCUUGUCCUCCACUCUUCCCCCUUCUCUUUCCGUCGAAGAACUUGUAUUUAGUUUGGCAGAUUGAAGUUUGUUAAGGGAUUUUGAGGUUGCUUUCGGUCGAAAGAUGGGUUGAUGCGAGUCAGAGACGAAGCCGGAUUGGUUUUUUCUUCUUCUUCUUCUUCUUUCGGUUAAUAACGUUUUCUGGGGGAUUUCGGGCUGAAGAUCUCUGAGAUUUAUCAGCUGUUUGCAACGAAAAUUUUGAUUCUUUUUUUUUUUUGCCUUGAAUUUGGGAUUUUGCGUAUGGGGUUGCUAAAAUCUUCAUCCGUUUUCUACGUCAAAGGGUUUUGAUGCUGUUAUGCGAGAGAUUUGAUUUGGCGGAAAAGGGUUUGGGGAUUCCGUCUGGGGUUUGAGAUUAGGGUUUGCAGAGUUUCUGUGGGGCUUUUGUCUUAAAGAUCUCAUCUUGUUCCGAAAUAAAAUUUGUCAGCAAGUUGAAAGAUUGGGUCUUUAUCUAUUGAUCCGAGAUUUGUGGGAUGAAAGGGGGGAAAGAAGAAGGAAAGAAGAUGGUAGAGCCUCUUUUUCCGAGGCUCCACGUGAAUGAUAGAGAGAAAGGGGGGCCGAGAGCGCCACCGAGGAACAAGAUGGCCCUCUAUGGGCAGUUCAGCAUCCCCUCGCAGAGAUUGAACUCAUGGCCAUCGGCUGCUUCGCAUAAACCAGCUAGCUUGGGCGAUUCUCCGUCUUCAAGCAAGGGUUAUCGUCAAGAGAAGAGUGUCUUCCCUCCUCCUGAUGUGCCUGCUCAGCCAUCAGUCCAUUUAGAGAAAAGGGUUCAUUUUCAAUCCUCUGACAAUAUGAGUCUCACUUCCACAAGAAUAGAAAUUCUAAGAUCUUCCAAAAGGCAAGCUAAUAAUGAUAUUUUUAGUGCAAAUGAUUCAGCUGGUAAUUCAUUGCACCUAUCUGACCCUACUAAUGCAAAGAAAUCUCGUCAGAGUUUCUCUGACGAUAGUGAUGACUCUAUGGUUCCUACCUUUAUGCAGUCCGUAACUGCCACAUUUUCCAAUAAAAUGUUAUCUAAAAUUGAGUCCGACAGAUUGACUCCAUGGUGUGUCACAGAUCCUCCGAAGAUUUCUUCUAGUUCAUCUCCAAGUUCUAUUGGAAAGACACUGAAAGGAACAUAUACUAAAGGCGUGAUGUUAAAGAACAUUGAACGCAACCAUGUUGAACAAAGACACACAUCAGCUUCCGUUAACAAAGCUGCCAUGGUACCUGAUUUCAGAAUAAGAUUUUCCGAAUCCUCAAACUUUGCCAAGACAUAUUUAGAUGAAAACGAUACAGAUGCUGCUUAUGCUGUUAAAGAUUCAGGAUUUGAUGUUGUGGACAAAGGAGAUAAUCUAACCGAUAGAAGAGAAUCAUGUUCUGAAACCUUAAUUAAGAACAGUCAUGUUGCUCUUAGUGAAGCAGAAAAAGUUAGUCAAGAAAGUAACCACAAGGAUAAUAGGUCGCUGGAACUUGAAGACUUAGACAAUAAGGAAGUCUCUGAGGGCUCAUUGCUGGACCCUGAGCCAAGCAUGGUUGUAUGUCCUGACGAUGUUGUUGGAGUAAUCGGUCCUAAGCAUUUCUGGAAAGCAAGAAGAGCUAUAGUCAAUCAACAGAGAAUUUUUUCAAUACAAGUGUUUGAGCUACAUAGAUUGAUAAAGGUGCAGAAGUUGCUCGCUGCAUGCCCAGAUGCCAUCAAGGUUGAUGUUUAUUUAAGCGAGUCUCCUUCAAAAAUACCCACAAAGGUUACAACGCCUGACAUUUCAGAGAAGUCUCAUCAACCAAAUAUUGAACAAGAAGCUUCAUCCAAGGAACGAAAGGAUAACUCAGAAACCCUAGAAGAGAACACAAGAAACGAGCAUAAUCAAGUUCCCUCAGCUCCUGAUAAUAGACCAAAUCCUUGGUGUUUCAAUCCACACCAGAAUCAAUGGCUGGUUCCUGUGAUGUCCCCUUCUGAAGGACUUAUAUAUAAACCCUAUCCUGGUUCUUGUCCUCCAACUCCGAGCUUCACACCCCCUAUCUAUGGAAACUAUCCACCUCUGAGCUUUGCUGCGGUAUCUAUGGAUUUUAAUAUGGCUCCAUAUCAUCAACAACCUCCAAUUUACUUCCCAUCUCCAUACAAUACUCCAAUCACAAAGCCAAUCAUGUCAUCAUCUACCAUCGAACAAUCAAAUCCAAAGAAUGAUAAUGUUUCUGGUCAGUUUCAGAAGUCUCAGGGAUCAAAAGGUUGUGACACGCAAGGAAGCACAGUGACAUGUCCUAAUGGAAGUGCACAAAAUGGAGAAAAGAAUUCAUUGCCUUUGUCUGAUUCAAAUGGCAGUAAAAGGGCAUCGGAGUCGGCUGAUAAAUGCAACCGGAGUGGUGUGAUCAGGGUUAUACCGCGUAAUGCUAGGUUGGCUACAGAGUCAGCGGCUAGGAUAUUUCGAUUUAUACAGCAAGAGAGGAAGCAGUACGAUUCAUAGCUCAGGUACAUCAGAUUGGUGAAAAUUGGAGAAAUUUUGUGCCUGAACUAGUUGUUUCUCUGCUGGAUAUUAUCCUAAUUGUAAAGAUGCCGUAUUAAUUCUCCCAGAUUUCCCCUUUUUUUUGGUUAUCUUCUCGGAUGCUAAUCCUGGCAAAUGACCAGAGAAUAAAAUGUCUGUACAAAGUUGGGUGCUAGUGGUCAGUAUGCUGUCCACCUUAACAAGUUGCAAGUUAGAUUGGUUGAUUGUAAA